ACAGUCUGACCGAACUAACAAUAUGUAUUUUUGUUUUCUGGACUGUUUCUUUGUGUAUCUCAUUUAGUUGAUUAGUUGAUUAAAUGUAAAGUUUGGCUUUGUUAUUUAAUAAACAUUCUGGAGUUAUAUACCAUAUUAAAUAAUGACUGAUGAUUUAGAUCUCGAUUCUAACUACCAUGACUCGAAUCAGAUGAACUCUGUUGGUAUGCGAGUAGGUAGUGAAUAUCAAGCAGUAGUUCCAGAUAUAUCUACAGUUCUACCAAAGCCUGCUCCUGAAUAUGAGCCAGAACAUGCCGUCCUUAUCUGGUCUCCUACAAACGGAAUUCCUCCUGAAAAAUUGGAUGAAUUCAUUCAAAUAUGCCUCGAAAAGUAUAGUUACAAAAUUGAACAAGCUCUAGGUAUGUUAUGUUGGCAUAACUAUAACCUAGAGACAGCUCUCGCAGACCUGCCAAAUUUUACACCUUUACCUGAUGACUGGUCUGUAGAAGAUAAAGUUCUUUUUGAGCAAGCUUUUCAAUUCCACGAUAAACACUUCCAUAAAAUCAAACAAAUGUUACCUGAUAAGUCCAUUGCCAACCUCGUUAAAUACUAUUAUUCAUGGAAAAAAACCAGAAGUAGAACAAGUCUAAUGGACAGGCAAGCACGUCGAUUCAUCGUUCAAAAAGAAGAUGGUAGUGAAGCUGGGUCUGAUGGCCUAUCUGACAACGAAAGUGAAUCUAUAAAUGAAUUCACUAAUAAUGCAGACGGUAAAGAUAAUUCUAACCAAGAAAGCAAAUCUAGGUGCUCUAAUUGUUCAACUACAGCAAGCGGUCAAUUCCACAACACAAGUAAAGGUGUUUUAUGCCGUUCAUGUUAUUCAUUUUGGAGGCGUACUGGUCUUAUGAAAAAUGUCAGUCAAUCGAGGAAACAAGAGCCUUCUGGCUCUACUCGCCCAAAUUUGUUGAAAAGUAAACGAAAGCCUCCUCGCGGCAUGUCAAUAAAUAUUGACGAUCUGAUGACCAUUGUCAAUGGUCCUCCUGAUCAAGGUGAAGCCUUUCUGCGAUCUUUGAGCAAUGAAAUUGUGAAUUUAAAAAGAAAUGUACAAACUUUAAAGGCUCAUAUUAGUCAACUAAAAACCAAAACAAACACUGCUCAUACUCUAAAAAGACUUGAUGUCUCGCCGUCACAAAGGAUUAAUGCACGGUGGACCAAUGAGGAAGCCCUGCUGGCUGUACAAGGAGUCCGUAAACAUGGCAAAGAUUUUAAAGUGAUCGCUGAAAUUGUCGGAAAUAAAACAGAAAGCCAUGUCCGCAGUUUCUAUACCAAUAAUGAACGACGUUAUAAUCUAAACUACAUGCUGACCGAAUAUGAGAAUGAAUAUGGAGGAAGUAAUUGAUCUGAUCACCGUUAAUUUCAUUCUCAUUCACCUUUUCUUUCCAUAUCAUUAUUUUCUGUUCCCUUCCUCUUCAUCUCCUCAUGCCAAAUACCUUUUCUUGUCCCACUUCUUUCGUUAAUUAAUUUCAUUAACAUACAAACAUCUAAAUAUCUAAGUAAAUUACGAACAAGUAAAAAAAAUAAAUUACUGAUUAUUGCUUUUUCUCAUCAUGGAUAUCUGAGAUCUAUAAUUGUCCGCAACAGACAAAGCUCUCCUUGACAUCUAUUAAAAAACAAAUUCUUAAUAUACUAA